AUGGCGGUCAAAAUGGCGAACACAGGUGCUACAAAUUCUUCAAAUCCUGUUGUGUUUUUCGACAUAACCAUUGGUGGACAGGUAAUUAAAUACUCCAAUUCAUGUUAAUUUUUUCCUCAUCCCUAGCUACGCUAUUUCAUUGCAAUUAAUGACAGGUUGACUUGAAUUUAGGGUUAAAGAUUUAGUGGCCUACUUAACUUAGCUCAAGCUCAUGAACUAAAAGAGGUCGGCAGAAUUAAUUUAAGCAUAGUUGAUUGUUCCGACUUUACGUUUUUUAACCCUGUACGUUUAGGAAGUAGGCAGGAUGAAGAUGGAGCUUUUUGCAGAUGUUGUGCCAAAAACAGCUGAAAAUAUGAGGUGAGCAAGUUACAUACGUGUGUUAGUUUUUAUCACCAGUAAAAUUCAAUUCAUGUGGACAAAUUGGUCGUGUUUGAUGCACAAAAUAAAUAUUGAGGGACCCAUUGCAGUAUAUUACAGUAAGAAAAAACUUGUACAAACUUCCUGCUAUUAAAACACACUGUAUUUGCAUAAAGUUGAGGUAUACUGCCUUGAGCUUUCAGUGGCAUUGAUCCGGUGGAUAGUAAACAUAUCUGACAGAACCAUUCCCUUAAAAAGAAAUAAGGGUUACCACAUUACGGAAUCGCGCCUGUAGAAACGCGUCGCUAGUAAAUGCAAAUUUUUCUGUCAAUCAAAUGUGUCCUAUUAUCUGUAGGUGGAAAUUGGUGAAACAUUGUUAUUGUUUUGGAGACAAUAGAAGAACAAAAGAUAACAGAAAGAUCAAGUUAUGAGGUCUUAAAGCGUGUUGCGUGACUUAAAUCAGUCGCAGCAUUUCUCCUAACUUUCCCGCAUUAAAACGUUGGAAUGAAAAGUCUGAAGCUUAGCUUUUAAAAUCUUGAUAGCCAAAAUAAAAAGGGUACCCCAAAAGGCAAGCAUUUGGGAAUUCAAAAUCGAUAUUUUUGUCUCCAGCAAAAUCUGGCGGAUGAACAGUAAUUUGCAUAUAAGCGUAAGUGAAGCGAAAUAGAUACAAAUUGCCGUGGUUGUAAACACAACGUUUCCUCGCAGUUUUUUCCUUAAAUUGAAAGCGUAAAUUCGCAUGAAAGAGCUCAGCUUGCACAAAAUAAUAUAAAAUGAAACGAAUCAAGUCGAAAAGUGGUAAAAAAAGUCAGGAUAUUUCAGUUCGAUGGAAAGUAAGUGAUUGGGUUGGUGAUUUGCGUUCUGAUAAAAACAACGUCUAGCGUAGUUUCAAACCGUUCGGCUUCCUGAAUUGUUUUACUGGAAUUGUAUACAUUCUGCUGGCCUAAAUCGUUAAAAUAUCUUAUGAAGUCGAAAUAUUUAUCAAGUUGAGCAUUUGCAUUUCCUUAUAAAACAGAGAGUAGCACGAAAGCUUCGAUCUAUAGAUUUUCUUAAGUUAAAUUACCUUUUCAUCGUGGAAACAAUACUCUGACACUUGAGUCUUGAAUCAAAGGACGUGACAUGCGCCGGCUUCCUUUGUGAGCGCGCAAAUAGUCAUGGGACCCGCGAUUUUGCGGGCGACACGGAUCUACAGGCACUGUUCCGUAAUGAUUAGGCUUUUCAGGAACAAAUGGAGUUGCCAUUUUUUAUGCUCUCAUGAAUUUUAGCAAAACAAUAAUAACUGUCCUUGAGACAACUUUUAACUGAACAUAAAAGUAGAUGUUGUAGUUAAUUUUUUUUUUAAAUUUUAUCUCAGAUAAUUAUCAAAUCUCAGGUAAUUAUAAUUUAUUUUAUCUCAGAUAAUUAUUUGCCUUUUUCGAAAGAAAAACAAAAAUUACCUGAGAUAAAAAAAUGAACUACAACAUAGAUACACUGUACAAGCAAAUCAGUGGCAUUAUUUUGAAGUGUUUGUGGAGUAUUCUUCUUCAAUCUUGCUGGCUGGUAUAGUCAUUUAAAGGUUAUAAAGAAUAAUUGAAGUACAAAUUAUACAUUUAACAAAAUGUAUUAAACUGAUUAACCAAUAAGAGCAAAUGGUGGGUGAUUUACUUUUGUUAUGGUACUCUGUAUACCAGUCUGCAGAGUAUGGCAGGUGCAUGCGUGAGUUUUUUUAAAAAAUAUGUAAGCAAUAAGGGCCUAAAAACGGCCUUGCAUGUGCGAGAUCUUGUCAAGUUCUGCCAUACUCUGCAGACGGGUCUGUAUACAAGUUGCUUGAAGUAUUUUUCUGGCUUUUUGAUCUCAUUAAUAUAUUAUUGAGGGAUAUGGAAUCUGAAGGGUCUUAAAUAUUGUACAAAAGCUUGUUAGCUGUGAAUAUAAAUGGGGGUAAUUAACGAUUCAAAGGAAAGUGGCGUCUAUUGAAAUAUCCAUUUGUAAUAACCAUUUGUAUAAAGAAGUUUAAUCCAUUGUAAGUAUUCAUUGUUUUGUUAUGAUUUCUCUAGGCAACUGUGCACUGGUGAAUACAGGUGAGAGUAAUUCACAAUGUUGUGGUCAUGACUUUAAAAUUGUUUUGUUUUGUUUUUUUUUUAAUCAACUUUGAAAUAAUUGAUAAAAUGUUGGCUCGGUUUCUGCCCUGAAGGGUACAGAAAUAAAAUAUUGUAGUGGGAGUGUCAAACAAUUUUGCAGUCUGAGUCAAUGUUGUGUUUCCUUGUGCUCACUAAAAAUACUGUGUAUUACUUUACAGUCCAACUACUGUAACUGGGUUCACUUAGACAAAGUUGACCAAUCAGAUUACAGGAAAUUAACAAUACUUUGGACCAAGAAAGUAAAUGUUGUGAACCAAUAAGUACAUUAGCUCGUAAAAAAAAGAAAUAAUAGGUUACUCGAAGCAGAUAAUUUAGAUAUUGAUAGCAAAAAUUUUUCAGGAAAGCAAAAUGUUUCACCAGACAAUGUUUUUGUGAUUGAAAAUUGACAUAUACACUAUAACAUCUAAGGGACAUAUUUGUUUGACACAAGCUAUUACUUUGUCAUCUACAUGUACAGGCAUUUUCAUCAUAUACCAUUGGCAGCCACGUUUUGCAAUAACAUGCAAAGUCCAAAUUAUAAAGUUUUUACUUUUGUCGUCUCCAUCACUCACUUUAAUGGACCUCUCAAGAAACAAGGGCUUUCUUCAGUGGGUUCAAAACGUCACGUCUGUAUUAAUUAAUGUAUCAGUUGUGAUUGGUUGAUUUGGAUCCAUGUUGUCUAUUAUUAAAAUGAAAACAUGAAAAUUUAAUGAAAUUUUCUUUUCAUGGUAAUUAGGAUUUACAACUACCCAAUUAUAGGAAAUUAACGCUUCAUGAAAUUAACACAAAUUUAAGUUGUGCUGAUUUUUGUUUACAUUAAUUUCUCUACCAUUAAGUUUUAGUUUCUAUCAUUUUGGCCCCAAAUUCUCGACAUGCUCCAGACAUUCUUGACACCUAGAAACUGAAGAAACUGAAUAGCUUUAGUUUCAUGCACUUUAUUUCAGAUCAAUCUUUCACAAAUUGAUUACUGUAACAAUUAUUUCAUCUUCAUGGAUGAUGGUCGCAGUAAGAAGAAUAUCCCUCAAAAUCUGCUUCCUGGAUUUUGGUCAAGUUUAAAUAAAUUUGUUCCUGUUGUUGAAACAACUUUUGUUCCUUUUUAAACGUCAUGUUAAUUUUCUUUCUUUGAAAGUGUUUAUUUCCUAUAAUUAGGUAACUUUCUCAGAAUGUAUUGUUAUUGUCCUUAAUCCGAUUGGUCAAAUUUGUCUAGGUGGCCCCGGUUAUAGUAGUCGCACUGUAAUACAAUUGAGAACAAAACUCGUACUUUGUCAUGUUUGCAUCAAAACGGUGCACAGGCAUCCCAAGUUCACCUCACAAGGGUGGAAUGUAUAAUUUGCUUUCUGUGACCGAGUGAGUAGGUUUCAUGUGCAAACAAUCGUUUCAAGACGUUGUAUGACAUAAUAUAAUACUGAGAUCCGCAAACAAUAAAUUUUGUGAUAUUUUUAUCUUUUGAUAAAAAAAACUGCACUCUAGAUAAAUAAAGAAGAUUUAUCUUUGAUGUAUUUUUGUAUGCUAGUAUGAAUUCAUUGUUUUAGUCGACGUGUGGCUCUCUUGCGUUACCCCUGGAACUCCAUUCAUAAGAUGAAUGCACAGAAAAACAGAUUAGGUUCUCUGAGGCCUGUGAAAACAACUGCAUAAUGUGUAUUUUACUUGAAUCUAAUUUUUAUUUAUUAUAAAUUUGCAUUCAUGCAUGUACAUCUAGAUGCACACUGUAUUUAUUUUACUGAAAUUUCUUUAGAAAAGGUGGAGUACCCCAAGGAUAUAAAGGAGCAACCUUUCAUAGGUAUGUAGUGGUUUAAAGUGCCAUAGGCAUCCAUCUUUUAUUAGUAUAUAAUAUUGUACACACUCAGGGCAUGAUCAGUAUAAGGCAGAUGAAAAUAGUGACUCCAAAGUCAAAUGUUCAGUGUACAUUAAGAUGGGUAAUGAAAGGGCAACAGCAACAAGGGAAAUUGGAAAUAUUGACAAAGACAUGACUUCCAGCUGCCUGGUUAGCUCUAUUGGAUAAGUUCCUGUGUGUUGUGCAAGAGGCUGCUGGUUCAAACCCCAGCUGAACCAACACUCAGGUUCUUUAUUAAAUAACUGAAGAGAAAGGGCGGCCUUUGUAAAUAAUAACAUUUUCAAAAGGUUAGACUUUCUGGUGCUCUCAGAUAUAACUGUCAUUAUUAUACAUCAGACUCACUACGAAAAAUCUGAUUUGUCGAGAGCAUUCAAUCAAUUCACAAUAGCUUGUGAACUUGACAUGAUAAAUGCAAUAUCUGCUGCAGAUAUUGCAUUUAUCAUGUCAAGUUCAACGUCUGCCUGGUUACCAAGCCCCUUGGAGUGUUCUCCUCAGAAACAGAAUGGCUGAACACUUAAGAUGAAUGUCUUCUUUUGCCUAUUGUUUAAAAAAAUUAAUGCAUAGUUAUAAACAAUUUUUGAAUUCAGUUUUCGCAUGAUAUCAUGAAUUAUCAAAACCUCGUGUCUGUAUUAUCUGCCUCAGCCUUCGGCUUCCACAGAUAACACAGACCUCGGUUUUGAUAAUUCAUGAUAUCAUGCUCAACCUCAUCCAAUAAUAUUGUUUAAUAACCUGCCUGUCCUGUCUCACAACUGUACAGUCAUGCAACAAAUUCUAUAGGACCUUAUUAUAUAAGCAGCGUGGAAAAAGUCCUAAAGUGGUUAUGUUGUAAAUUGUGCCAGAACAGCCUUGAAGGGAGUGGCGCGCCGGUAAUAAGAUAUUAACAGAUAUUUAUUUCAAUAUUUUACUUUGUCUUUGUUUAGAGUAAUUAAGGAUUUCAUGAUUCAAGGUGGAGAUUUCGUAAAGGUUAGUUUUAACUGUAAACUUCAUAGUACUAAAAGUUAAUUAAUUUAACCAAAUUUUAGUUCCCAAAACAGGGAUUUUGAUAUUCCACACCAUCGCAUAGCCGCGAAAUUCAGGUAAAUCCGCGAAAUUCACAAAAACAUGACAAAUACUGUGAAAUUCGGUAGAAAUCUUAUCAAAUACUUGUCUGUACAACAUAUUAAUUUUGAAACUUACUUCAGCUAUUGGGGCUAUUUACUUGCCGUAAACUUUCAAAUUUAUCUCAGAACUUCGUCACUGAAACGUGCAAACCGUAUCCCGAAUCUACCAGGUGUAGAUUGUGUCGCGAAAAACUGGGCACUAGCCAUGAUGUUAAAGGCUUUGCCAUUGGUUCAUUUCUGGAGCUUAAAGAGUAAAUGAUAACCUCUGUUAGAAAAAACGGUGGUCUGAUCAGCGCAAAGCCGAUAUUGAUUUCCAGCGAAAUUUGCCUUGAAAUAACCACAAAAUCGGCCGUCUUUUACCGAUUGCUUUUGGAUGAAAUUUGCCCCGAAAACUUCGACAAAAUUACCCCAAAAUCGACCAAUUUUUCCACGAAUUUGUCCCUAAAAAUCCGGCGAAAUUUGACUUUGUCUUCUGCGACCUGUCAGAAACGCUAGCCCUGCCAAAAGAUACUUUACAAAAAACCUUUUCACUUGAUGGCUGUCACAAAGAUUUCUAGUUGCUGGGUAUAUGCAAUUUUGUAUAAGGGGAAAGUUCUUUUUAUCCUUUUUUUUUCCUUUUCUACGAAAGUAGCCAGGUGUAAUGCUCAUAGAAGCUGGGGAAAAUCUGCUGUUCCGUGCCUUUAGUGACAGCCCUGCAUUUUAUAGAUAGUGCCUUGUUUAAGCCAAAUAACUACACUGGACGGACCAUUAGAAAAGUUAUGGGGGGCGGGGGAAGUAAAAAAAAAAAAUAUUCACGCAAGGGAAAAUUAAAUGAAAAAAAAUUCAUGCACGCCAAUUAAUCCUAAAAAAAAUUCAUGUUUUGGCCUAAAAAAAAUUCAUACAAGAAGUUUGUUAACGAAAAAAAUUCCUGCGGCUCGAAAAUUCUCCUCCCCCCCCCCCAUAACUUUUCUAAUGGUCCGUCCCUGAAGUACUCUAUGAAUAUCAUUACAUUAGUUUUAUACGGGGCAUUAAGUACGGAUACCACUUAGAUUUAUACUGCUGAUUAAUAAUAUUUUUGUCUUAGGGUGAUGGCACAGGUGUUUCCAGCAUAUAUAAUGAUGUGGCCUUUCCUGAUGAAAACUUUAAACUAAAACAUGAUGUUCCAGGUGUUCUGUCUAUGGUAAGAAACAGAUAGAAUAACAGCAGGCUAGGCCUUUUGAUGGGUGUGGUAAAAUCUAAGAAGUUGGGGAUUAAGUGAAAGGUCAAGGUAUAGUUACAUAAUUGCUGUUGAAAGGGUCUUUUAUGGAGCAAGUAAAUAAUAAUUAUGUUUGUAGAGGAGAUUAAUGGCUAGUCUUUUGGCUCAAGAGCUUUGGUGGCUCAAUAUGCAUGAUGUUUCCAACCUAUGCUGAUUUAUGUAACAACCUUUAAUUAUAAAUAAUUAUAGUCAUAUUUUCCAUAAUCAACCACCAAACAAUGCACAAUAAAGUGGUCACUUAUGAGAGGCAAACCAGUGUGGGUCUUAUAUCAGCUGCCAUCAGUUGCCAUUAGGAAGAGAAUUCACUGCAUUUAAUGUCUAAGUUACGAUAAUAAUCAGGGCUCGAAAUUGCAACUGAUACGGUUGCCAAUGCAAUUAACAUUUUCUCCUUGGCGACUAAAACUCCUGGUUUAGUUGCCACUUUGGCGACCAGGUUUCUCUAUGAUUUAGAUUUAAAUUAAAAGAGGAAAGUCAAAACAAACAUUUUAUCUUAUCCUUCUUUGCUUAAUUCGUCAUAAAAAAGUGUGCAAAAUUGCAUAAACAAAGCCAGUUUACCUCCAAAUUUAUAUUUUCAAACAAUCAAAUCUGAUGGAUCAUGCCAUACUUUGAGCUGUGUCAUUUACAUAAUACAAACUGGUGACUAUAUUUCUCCAGUUGGUCCCAAAAGGCGACCUGAGGAUUUUUUUAAUUUCUAGCCGUGGAUAUACAGCUGUACAUGUAAUACCGUAAAAUUCUGAAAGUAAGCCCCUCCAUGUAUAAGCCCCCCAAACUCGUAAUGCAAAAACCCUCCCUUAAAUCACCCCUCCAAAUAUAAGCCUCCCCCCCUUUUUGUACUCGGAAAUUGCCCUCAAAUAUAAAGUAAAACCAAGCCAAAACGGUAAAAAAUAAAUAAAUAAAUAAAUUUCCUUCCAACUAUAAGGCUAGCUCAAUCAAUUUAGAAAUGCAAAUUUCUCUCCAUAGAUAAGCCCCUCUGAAUAUGAGCCCUUCCAAAAAUAAGCCCCGCAGAAAGGGCCUUAGAAAAAUAUAAGCCUAGGGCUUAUUCUCGGAAUUUUACGGUAUGUGCACAGGUGUAGUUCCAUGCCAUCACUAAAAAGCAUUUUGUAAUACAGUCUGAGUAGUGCGAGAUACAGCAAACAUAGUUAUAAGAUCAUUGUCAGUGUCAGGCCAUAGUUUACAAGAGGUUUAUAAAAACAAAGAAGAAUAACAAAACUAUUGCCCCCAGAAAGUGGUCGUGGUCACUUGCAAAAAGAGGUGGUCAUUAAUGAGACUUUUUUAAUCAAUCGUAACAUUUUUUGUGAAUUAAAUUUUAAGAGCUAUCAAUUGUGAGAAUUGGACCACCUGAUACUAUAUCAGAGGUCCAUAUUUUUCGCAUGUAUUUAUUAAUAAUGAAAAAAAAACUUUUUUUUAAUGUUAAUUUGUCUUUGGUGUCAAUGCAAAUGCUUACACAGUGCUUAUCUUUUUCAGGCUAACAGUGGUCCAAAUUCUAAUGGCUGCCAGGUCAGUGCACUGAAAAAAAAAAAUUAAAUCACUUUCUUAAUGAUUCUUUUGUUCCUGUAGAAUAUUUUUCAAACAUAUAUUUUUAUUUGGUAAUUAUUUUAUUAUGUAUUUUUUUUUGUUCCUUGGGUAAUUGGAAAAUGAAAUUAUCUUUCUCUGCCACUACUUUUAAUGUGCUGAUAGUUUUGUCUUGAUGUUGUGAGUUAAUAAUGUGAACUCUUUUCCAUGAUUUCAGUUUUUCGUAACCUGUGCAAAGUGUGAUUUUUUGGAUGGAAAGCAUGUAGUGUUUGGUAAGCCCUACAAACUAAGUCAAAGUAGCUUUGCUAUGCAAUGAAUUUGCCCUCUUGCAGCAGAGGCCUUCCUUCGCAGCUGUUUUCCUAAAUUUGAACUCUAGCCAUGAUGUUGCUCCAAAAAGUCAAUGAGCAUUAUUAAAGGGGCAGGUUCAUGGUAGAUCGCAUGCUCGUUCGUCAAAGUGCUGUUUUUCUGCUGGGACGUGCUGUAUCGACUAUGCAAGCAAUAUGAUCAUGUCAUAAUGUUGUCAAGGAACCAAUCUGCAUACUCCCCUGGCAGUCAUUUACACUGAUCAACUUAAUUAUCUGCAAAUAGCUGUAAAUUAAUCAACCAUGGAAUAAAACCUUGGGUCAACAAUAAAUUCAAGGUUGGUAGUGUUGGCAUAAUCCACUAAUUUUUUUGCAAUUUUAGUACUCCUCCAUCCUACUUCAUUUUACUCUGAAAUACACUUCUAGCUUGAAACACACUCUGAGAUCGCUGAGAUACAUGUGAGUGGGAUUAUUAACCAACAGAAUUAAAAAUAAAUUGGAAAAAGUAUUUUAAUUAAUGAGCAUGCGCUUAACCAUGAACCUGCCCCUUUAAUCUUUGUGAACUAAAUUCCCAGAAAGCUUGAAAUUCCUAGGAAUUCCCAGUAAUUCCAAGUCAUGCAAAUUAGGAAGAAAUUAAAAACUUCGAAUUUCUGGGAAUCUCUGGGAAUGGCUUAACAAACAACUGGAAAAUUUACUGGGAAUUCUAAUUGGACCUAGCCAUUCAAAUUAAAUUUUAAGGAACAAUUUAAAAGCUUGGAACUUCUGGCAAUGUCUGGGAAUGGCUUCAUACAGUAACUAAGAAGUCAUAGGACUAAUUCCAAAUAAUUCUUAAGCCAGUAGAGAAUUGAGUCUUGGACUUAAAGACAAUGAGUCUGGACUGACUCAGUCUCAAAUACCGUAAAAUUCUGAAAAUAAGCCCCCUUUCUUAUUAUAUAUUUUUCAAAGGCCCUUUUUGAGGGGCUUAUAUUCAGAAGGGCUAAUCUAUUGAGGGAAAUUUGCGUUUCAAAAUCAAUUGGGCUAGCCUGAUAGUUGGAAGGAAAUUUACCGUUUUUCCUUUGUUUUACUUUGUAUUUGAGCGCAAUUUCCAAGUACAAACCCCUGGGGGGCCGGGGGCUUAUAUUUGGAGGGGCGAUUUAACGGAGGGUUUUUGCGUUACGAGUGUGUAUGGCUUAUAUUUGGAGGGGCUUGUACAUGGAGGGGCUUAUUUUCGGAAUUUUACGGUAUAGCGGUAAAAAAUAAAAGGAAAUAAAACAUUGGGAGAAAUUGCUAUAGCAAUACCAAAAGUCCACUGGACUUUAACAAGAAAAAGGCAAGCAUGGGAAUUUUUGAGGCAGAUUAAGCGGUGGUGACCGACUUGGGGCAUAGCACGUCGUCAUCACAGGUCAUCAUGUUCUACCCCUAGGGCAGCCUAGUUGACUGGAGGGAUAACAAUUGUUGGUAAAAUUUUAAACUGAGUUUCUCACUUACUGUUUUAAAAUGUUUUGUUUGUUUACUUGUUUCUUAUUUUCUCGAUUACAAGCACACAUAGCACUUUUAACACUACUCUCUCGUUUCACGCUCUCAGUCACCUUAACAUAGCCAUCUUCUUGUCCCCGGCUUUCGCUCAAAGGACUAAGGAAAGAGAGGCGUUUGGUAGUCAACCAUUUUUAUAUUUUAGAUAUUUGCUUUUUCUAAGGCAGGGUUUCACUAGCGUCGGAAUUGACUAGUCGUUCAGAGAAAGCGUUUAUGAGCCAAUAAAAUAAAAUAAAAAAUUCGUCAACUUCACAGAAUCGAAAGCGCAAGAACUUGAACGUUUCCCUUUUAUGUUUAUGUCAUUCUUUUCUUAUUUCUCAUUUUACUGCCGGUUCCACUUACAAAAUAUAAUCUGGCGCAUACGAUCAGGUAAAAAAGGGAAAAAAAUGAUUGCCUCAAUCGCAGCAAGCUAAAGCACGGAAACUAAGCCAAUCAUAAUCUUAUUUCUUUACAGGUAAAGUUGUCGAUGGUCUUUUAGUUAUGAGAAAAAUUGAGGUACGUUAUACCUACAAUUGUAGAGACCUAGAGCUGUUUCAAUGCAAUGUAUUUCAUUUUGCAAUUGGAGUGUGAACCACUGGAAACUGUGGCGAUUAAAAAUCCAGUUUCUGUGAAAGUAUGGUCGGUGUAUGUGAAAGUAUGGUUGAUUUCAUGGAAGCCACUAACAUGGGGAGUUAUUUUCCGAGUUAGAGACUAUUUAUGUUUAAUUAAAAAUAUAUAUAUAUAUAUAUAUAUAAAAUGGUCAUUUUCUUUGUUUUCUUGAGCUGCACUGCCAUGUGCUCGGGAAAUCUUUCUUUGAUGAAGUUGCAGGUCGGAUGGUUUUGAGAACUGACAUAUCUUGCUACUAUAAUGAUCAACAAAGCUGCACUGCUGUUUGAAUAGAUUCUGCUUUAUUAUUAUUAUGUCUUUACUCUCAGAGUUCAACUGUUAGCCAGUUCCCGGUGCAAGUCCCAUCCUGCAACCUUAGUAGUCGAGAACCCGUCGGAGGAUUCGUGCUGUUCCUAGUAGGGCAGUCUUGUGAAUCUGAGCCACAUCAAGAUUCACCCCUAUGCUUUCAAGAUGGCCAACUAAUCCUUUUGGCACUGUCCCCAAUGCCCCGAUAACAAUAAGCACAGCUGUUGUUUUGAACUUCCACAGUUUUCUCAAUUUCCUUGCCAGGUCGUCUCUUUCUCCUUUAAUUCCACCCUUACAUCCCCUGUUACAUCUACAUCAAUAAUUUGGCAAAUUGCUUGUUGUUUGUCUGCUUCAACUAGAUCAGGCCUUUUGUGUUCAAGCUGAUGAUCAGUCUGUAUGCUAAAAUCCCAAGGGAUUUGACCUUCUCGGACUCUCAAACUUUUUUAGAGACAUGCUCAUACCACUUGUCAGUAACGUCCGAUCCGUACUUUCUACAGGCACCAAUUGCCAGCUUUUGCAACGCCAUCAUGUCUACAUUUAUAUUCUCUCUGAGCCAACGCAGAGCAUUCAUAAACUACGUGGGCUUACUGAUUCUUCCGCACUCUUGCACCACUUGUAUUGUGAGCUGACAGCCUGUUUGUCAAUCUUUACCUUUAUUGCAUUGGUUCGCAAUGCCUGUUCCUGGGCCGCUGUUAACAAUCCUUCUGUCUGCUUCUUGAAUUCCCCCUUCUUCAACCACGUCCAAGAGAGGUUACUUGUAACACCCUCUUGUUCUUGUUUUCUUCUUGUUGUUAUUAUUAUCAUUAUUGUUGUUGUUGUUGUUGUUCUAUUUAGUGUCUAUAAUUGAAAUCUAUUUUUCUCCAUUUCUUUCUCAACUUAGAAUGUUCCAGUUGGACCUAACAACAGACCUUCAUUACCAGUUGUUAUAUCACAGUGCGGCGAGAUGUGACUAAUAAUCAUCGUCUUAUGUCUGUCAUUAGAACAAAUUUAAACUGAGGCCCCCACCACACGUAUCCGCGUAUUUUUGAAAACCGAGAAUUAAUGAUUUUUUUCCUCCGUUUUCAAAAAAACACGCAUCCACUCGAAGCGUAUUGGAACCGUUCUCGCCCGUCUAUACGAAAACAUUAGUCAUUUGGAAUACGAUAGCAUCCCUUACGGAGCAUGCGUUAUGCUGGUAUUAAAUGAUUCAUGACAUCAUCGUAUUCGAAAACAUCCGUUUUCGUCCGUGCAAACGUAAACGAGAAGCCAGUGUUAUCAAAAAUCUUCACUGUGGAGAGCGCUUCAGAAAAGAUGCGUUUUCGGUGACGAUUUUGACCGAACACGUCUGGACGGUUAGGCCAAACCGAAGAGAAAAAUCUCCGGUUUUAAACAACGGAUACGUGUGGACGGGUCCUAUUCAUCGCAAACUGCUGAUGUAUACUCUAGUUUUGCAUGACUUCACCUGUCAUAUCCGAAGUGAUGGAAAAUGAGUGUAGUACACUCGAUUUUACUCACCGAUAGUCCGCUCAUGUUAGUUCAUGACCUGUAUAAAUACACCUUAUAAACCUUUGAAAGUUUCUGUAUUCAACGCUGUCAAGCAAAGAACUUGAAAUUAUAAUGACAGCGAAGUUUCCGUGUGAUUUAUAGAGAAACUGAGCUGUCAGUGUAUUUUAAUUUUAUGGAUAGAAAUGCAGACCAGAAUCUCCCGAGCAGCUCCAAAUUUCGCGUGUAAAAUUCAUUCACUUACAUUUUACACUGCCGAAUUUACAAAGUGGUGCCACAAGAUCAACUUUUACAAUCCGACUUGGUCAUGCUUCUGUGUUGACCGCACUUCAAGAAAUGUUACGCUUCAACCGUUUUGUCUCUGGGGCACAAGAGUCAGACAAUAACCCACCAGUCGGAUGAAUGUAAACAUAAACUUUUCAAAAAAUGGGUACAUGCAGGCUUUUCUUAGGGAGAAAAGAAAACUGUCCGUAAUAAGGAGGUGCAGACGUUCUUACGACUUCGUUAGGUUGCUCCUUAUCUAAGAAACGCGCGGAGAAACCCUAAAAACGUCCCCCUGGGAAGUAGGCCAGAGGGGCGGGGGAGGCUAUGUGUUUGUUUUUUAAAUAGUCUUGAGUUUUGUCACAUCCUGUUUUUCUGAGAAAAAGGGACGUUUCCUGUUACGGGUGAGAUCACAAAUAACGGCCAUAUUGAUAUCGCUGUGUACUGAGUUUCUAAUUUCAAUGAGGUCUACAGUGCUUACUUAAACGUGCGGAAAAUAAAAGGCUGAUCGCAGUUAAAUUAAUGAAAAUUACGUGGCAUGAGCUACGUGAGUAUUACCACGCUGUAUUUGUUAUAGAGCAAUUUAGCAAACUAUUUUUAGUGCACUGUCAGCAUCCUCACCUUAGGUUAGGUUUGCCAGAUUAGCAGAAGUCGGUCAUAUUUAUUUGCCUCGUUUUUUUACUGUGUCUUAUAAUGCAAGGCGUUCAGCUAAGCUGUUUCAGAGAGACA